AAAGGCUCGACAGAACCCACGCGAUAAUCACUCCGUGGCCGAUUGAAACAUUGGGAGGCUAAAGACUUGGUUAACGUCGGAACUAGCAGUGAACGGCCUUGAAACAAGUAUUGAGUGCGGCAACGUUACUGGCGGCGGAACUCUUCGUUCGACAAGAUGCCUGUGAACAUCAGUGAAGUGAUGCACUUGGUGCGCCACAUUUCGGAGGUGGAGAAGAUGCAAGUUGCAAUAAAGGGUUCUGCGAAAGGGGCACUUUUGGCUGGUGCAGUGGCAUUUGCAGGAGGCCUGGUUGGUGGUCCUCUAGGACUUGCAGCUGGCGGUGCAUUUGGUGGGUUGCUGGGUGCCUGGAUGACGAGUGGACAAUUUAAGCCAGUACCACAGAUUCUUAUGGAACUUCCACCAAAUCAACAGCAGAUGCUGUAUGAUGAUAUAAAGAAUAUUGUCCGGCAUUUGGACUGGACAGAUGCAGUCCAGCUGACUUCGUUAGUUAUGGGAAAUGUUGCCUUGAAGAAUGAAGUAUUGGCUGCAAUAAGUAGUUUUUUUAUGAAACAACUCAAUGCUGAGGUGCGAUACCAUGACUGAAAUCUACACAAGCUGCUUUUUCUUGAAAUAUGGAUUGUAUUGAGUAGAUGGGCACAUAGUAUUGCCUACAAAUUCAAGGAUCUAUGAAGAAUGCUAUCUUGAUUAUGCUGCUGCGAUACCAGUGAAUUUUGCAGCUUAAAUAUUGGUAACAAUGGGUGGACAUUUGGCUUUUAUGUUGGUGCAAGAUGGGCAAAAUCACAUUUCAUAUUAAGCUCUAUGACCAAUAUUUGACUCUGUUGACUUAAAUAGAACUGGAAAAUGAGUCCAAUAUUUAACUGACGGUGAAUGCAAUAUUGCCCAUUUUAGCCACACCGUCCAGGAUAAAUUUCUACCCCAUUAUAUCAGCAUCUGGAUUCUUUGUAUUUGUUUUAAUUUUUCUGUUGGCUGCCCUUCGCUUGCCAUUUGUCAACAGUCAGUGAUUAGGAAAUGGACUGGGUUCAUAAGUAAGGAAUACUACUACUUAGACAUUUAGGAAACUUAAGGAUAACUGGACUUUUUUUCAAAGGCUCGUUAAUGGUCUUUUAAUUUGGUGUCCUUGGAAAAAAAUGGUAGUUAAAGUGAUAAUUUAAAACUGUCUGGAUACAUGCUAGAAAGCUGCAAGAAAUGACCUCACAGUUACUGUUAGGAAAGCAAUAUCUCACUAACCAGUCUUCUCACUAGAGCUGACGUAUCUGUAGAUUCUGAUCAGAUAAUCUAGUGACCAAAAUACAAUUUGAGAAGAACGUACUUGAGAAGAUGAAUGUAAUGCUUCUUGUAUUACUGAUAUAUUUUAAAGAACAAGUUACAGAAAUGGUUAAUGCUCAGCUCAAUACAAAUGAACCUCAUCAAGUAAGCCAAUUGUUUGAAAUUACCAGUGAAAAGUGCUUAAAGUGUUGGGAGGAACAUUGGGUGCACAAUCGUAAUGGGACACAACAGGAAUAUCAGGUCACAGUAUGAACUGGACAAGAUGAUCAAGUUUAAUUUGUCGAAGUAACCAGUGACAAUUGCUAUAUAACUGUAGCUUGGAGAGCCUUUGUGGGUUGGAUAUAAGGUUAGUCUGCAGCCUUGAGAUACCUGACUACAUGUACAACAUCCACAAUGCAGCUGGAGGCCCCGUAUAUACAACUCCCAAUCAACCAGUCAUGCCAACAGCACUGCCCUACAGAUUGUUCCUGAUACUAACUUAUUAACCAACUACAAACAUGGAUGAAUGUUGUUCCACCAGCAAUGCCAUGGAUGAUCCUGAAUUUAUUUAGUCUCUUGUCUUUAAAGAAACAAUACAGCGUAGGAUGUGCCUAUAGUGAGAAUAAAAGAAACUGACAAUUGGGUAAACUGUAUCAAAUUGUAGAUCAGACAGUAACUAAACACAAGCUAAAGAAUACUGGAGGAGUGGAAUACUUGAAGGAACAGCAUUUUUAAUAGUUGCUGUACUGAAGUGGAUUACUGGAGCACAAUGGGAUUUUCUCCCAUGUUAUUAUUGGGCUUAGUCUGUAGGCAGGAAAUUCCACAGCAGGCCAGCCCCAUAUGUAGAUCUGACCUCAAUCCAGAAAAAUUCCUCAGGGCAUAGCCACAACAGACUUGACUCUUUCUGGCAGUAGUACUACACUAGGGGGAAAUACAGACCUUGCAUUUAUUUUCUCUGGGAAGUACAUUUAGGACUGAGGGAAAGUCACAAAAAUGCCUGCAAAGUCAAGGGUAUUGGAGGUAGUGAAGAGUUUGAGGAGAAUCAGGGAGAAAAUGAUCCAAAGUAUUAGUGAGACAGAACAAAGUAUCUUUGAACACAGUUUAGGACCUAGGGAUAUUUGAAAUUACAUGGGGUAUCAAACUAAGGAAUAACAAGAUAGAUAGUGGUUUAUUUCUGAGUCAGCAAUAUUUUACUGGCUCUCACUGAGGGAAGAUUGCAGGGCUAUGUCUGAGGAUAGCGAAGGUUAUUUUUGAGGCAGGCAAUGGUUUUAAAGGAACGUGGAACAAUACUGGAAGACAGAAACCACUGGGUGAUAAUGGUGGAGGUAGGAUGUGAUAGGAAAUGAGGACGAUCAGGAUUUGGGCUUGAGGGAACAGGAUUGACGGAAAUUGUUUUAGAAUCUAAGGUGAAGACAAAAAAUAAGUUGAGUAAGGUGCAAUGAUUUGAAAUGUAGUAUUAGUUCUCAUAGUGGAAGCCACACAGCCCGUGUGGGUGUUUAUCCCCACUGUAAGUUUUAGCCCUCAUCCCAUCAGCCACUCUGUUCCAGUAUCCAUUUUUACCUCCCAGUCCAGUUAUUCAUUUAUAAUCUUAGAAUAAUUGGACUGGGAGGUAAAAAUGUUGUUGAUCUUGCCCUUGAGAAGAUGGUGGAGUACUUCUUGAACUACUGCAGAACCUCUGGUGACUUCUCCCACAGUACUGUUGGGUGGAUGUUCCAAGAGAUAGGUCCGGAGAUGAAACAUUUCCAAGCCAGAGUGGGUGCAACUUGGAAGCAUUGGUGAUCCUAUAUAUCUAUUGCCCUUGAUUUUGGUGGUCGAUGUUGUAGGCUUGAAGGGAUUGUUGAAGUAGUUUAGGUAAGUAACUGCAGUGCAUUUUGUAGGUGGUACACAGGGUAGCCAUAUUGGGGUUGUAUUGGAGUGAACAUUUAAAGUAGUGGAUGAGGUGCUGAUAAAAUGAACUGUGUUGAGUGUUUUUAGAGUUGCAGUCAUCCACUGUUGGAAAUAAUUUGAGAACAAUCCUGACUUCUGCUUUAUAGAUGGUGAGAAGGCUUUCCGGAGUCAGAAGAUGAGUCAUUUGAAGGAUACUCAAUUCUGGAUCUGCUCUUGCGGCUACAGUUUUUAUGUGACUGGCCCAGUUAAAUAAUUAGUGACUAUUUCUGAUGACAGUGAUAAUGCCAUUAAUGUUUAGACUAGGUGUUGAAUUUGGACUCACUGGGAGAUGGUUAUUGCCUGGCAUUUAUGUGAACAUUACUUUCUGUGUAUCAGUUGAAGCCUGAAUAUUUUUCAAGUGUUAGUGCAUACUAAAGAAUUGCAUGAUUAAGGUAGUUGGAGUAGGAAGGGAAGGACAGUUACCAAGGUUGCACAAGUAUUUGUUGAGAGUAUUCCAAGUAUCUUGGCCUUGGAGGCAGGGCAGUGUAGUUUCACCAGAUUGCUCAUUAAUUUGAAGAGAUAUUGAGUAAGAUUUGUCAUAUUCACUCAAAUUUGCAAUGAUAGGUAACAUUGAAAGGUACAAAAUUUUAAGAGGAAUUGACAAGUUAGACACAGUGUAACUCGUAAUGGCUGGUGAAUCCAGAGUCAGGACACUGUCUCAUUAUAAGGGCUCAGCCUUUAAAAAUUGACAUGAAGAGUGAUUUCUUAGAGGGUUGUGUAUCUAAUUUUCUACCCUAGUGUUCUACGUACAUGUUCAAGAUUACUUUCCAUAUAUCUUUGAGGACUGAGGGAAUGGAGGAGUUCCAAGGAAUAGUAAGAAAAGUAGACAUUGCACUCGAUUAGUCAUGAUCUUAUUGAAUAGUAGAACAGGUUCAACGAGCUAUAUGGCUACUGUUUUUGCUAAUGUUUUCAUGUCUCUGCUCUGUCAGUAACUUGGUUGUUCAUUCUGGAGACUGUAAGUCUUUUACAUUUAAUCUUAAAUUCAUUCGCCUAUUGCCGAGAUUCUAAAUCACUGUAAAUAGUAUGUCUAUUGAGCUACCUACAUCUCAAAUUGUAUCAGCUUAGUGAGAACACCCCCUAAUCUAUAUUCUGUUGUCUCUAGUUUAGUGAUUAGAACAAAAAAAUGAAUUGUCACAAUAUUCUGGAGUGGGCCAUGUGAUUUACUGGUUAAGUUGAUACCAGCAAGUAAGCAACCACUCAUCUGACGCAGGCACUAAAAAUGGGUUCUCAUACCUCUUUUACCACUGUCUGUGCAAAGCCACAAGACCUUUGCAAAUGAGGCCCAUUGUAUCUUCGUGUAAAAGUCGUUGUUCAUUAAAUGAUCAAAACACUAAUUUGUAUAAAAGUGUAACUAUUGUAUGGUUUGGUAUGACUGAAUUGUGGCAGGUACAUUGUGCAGUAAUUCAAGGUGUAUAGAUUGAUUCUGACCAAUGGGGAAAAUGUAUACUAAUGAACAGCUGUUUUCUUUCUACUGUUCAUUGACAAUUGCCUAUUCACUGUUUACCUAGAAAUGGUUAGCAAUAUUCAAGGGCAAGCUUUACCCAAGCCAAAUUUAUGUACUAUUGAAUGAUGCAAACAUCAUCUUCCAAACAUUUCAGACAAACAGUAGCUUUCUUUUACAGAAUGCCAAUAAGCUUUGCUUCAUAUGAUUCUGGCAACAACUGGGACUUUAGAAAUAUUUCUCAUCUCAGUUUUGGUUUAAGAAUUUAAAUUGUUCCAUUGUAAAUCAGCCUUUAAACAUUCUAGAUAUGUGCAAUAAUUAUGGAUUGAAGGAUAUUUUUCUAAAUGUCUCCUGAUGUAAAGCCAAUUGAGAUUCUUAUGUUCAUGGAGAACUGAAUGGUGCCUAUAAAAAGGAAGAACUAAUCUAAGUGUGUGGAAAUGGAAAUCCCAGCAGUAAAUGCCAAGUGCUGUGUGAGAACUCUCAGCACCUAACAAAAAGUCUGUGAAUUUAGCAAGUUGGUACAUUCUGUCAUAUCAGUCUACAGUAUUUAUCCAAAAACAUUUUUAUCUGAACAUUUUAAAUGAAAAUUUUAAUUAAUCUUUGAGCAGAAGCUAAAGCUGAAUUAAAACUUAAAGAAUCCUAAAGUUCCUAAUGACAUCCCUUAUUAAUGUGUUUUUAAAAAUUCUUAUGCUGUUACAUUAGCCUGUGUAAUGUUUGUGUCUUUUCAGUAAUAUGCAGUAAAUUAUCAACCUUAACUCUUGUAGUGCACAGCUAUGUAAUCCAGAAACAUGAAUUAGAACAUCUGUUAAACAUUGCCUAUUAAUUUUCAGCUAUUAUGGACAACACAUGCCCAGUUUUCCAUCACAUUGCUGGGAGCAUUGAAACAUAAAUGACUGGUUAGCACCACAGGUUAAUUUAUUGAGAUAUUAACUCUCAGUUUGAAUCCAGCUCAUGCUGAUGGGAUAAAAAUUGCAUCCCCGACAGAACUAAGAACCUGAUGAAAGAUUAGUAUGGGCAUUAGCAAUUUAAAUCUUAGUGGGUAUAAAUUGUCAGUAGUGCAAAACUGGAAGAUAAAUUGAUCCUAAAUUGACAAGCUCACCUUAAAAAAAGGGUAAAAUUAUGAUCUAGAAGGCUCAUUUCUUUUAAGAAUAAGGAUAUACAUACUUAAGACAAAACAAUUUCUGUGAAAAAAAUAUUUGCAAAAAUUAGUCUGAAUGACUAAUGUUUUACGAGUUGUGGUAGAGCUGUGGAGUUUAUUACUGGAAGUUAUUGAAAAUAUGGAGUUGAUCCUUCAUGGUAAUGGAACAACGAUUUGUUGAGCAAGUGGAAGGUAUGUGUUUAGAAAGCUUUGCAAACACAGUUUAGCAGAACGUAUAAAUUAGACAUGAAUUGAUUUCACACAUUCCUUAAAGUGGGAUGUGCGUGAAAGUAAAAUUGGUUUCAUGGUGUUUCAGAUAGUUUUCUUCUGUCAGAAGCUCACUUUAUUUUCAGUAUUUUCUAUUACAGUAAGAUACUCCAUAUCUUUGUUAACGAUCAUGGUGAACUGAAUGAAGUAUAUAAAGUACAAUUUUGGCUUGAAACUGGAAAGUUUAGUUAAUUUUUAAGAAACAAUGAAGGCGCAACUAUGAUCCACUGAAUGACCUCAUUAUUUCAGCUGCAUGAGCCUUAGACAUCCACUGCACGUGCCUGAUUGCAUCAGCAAUAAAUAGCUCAUGAAAAUGGUAAAAUGUGCCUGUUAUAUUUUCAGGUCAGCUUCAUAACAUAAAGGUUGUUUAUUGGUCAGACCACCAUAUAAUAUUUUUCGUUCCAAGGUUAUCUUUCCUUUAUAGUUAUAUAUGAAUUGGUUUUUUUAAAAGACCCUAAGAGUAAAAAAGGGCAAUAAUUUGGGAAUAUCAAAAAAGAAAAAUUGUGCCUAUUAUCUUAUCAGUCCUGAUUGUAAAAUACAAAUCAAGUUCACUGCAUCUGUGCUUCAUUACUCUGAUAUUUUGGAAGGUAUUUCUUCCAAUGUUGAUGAAAGAAUGCUGAUAAAAUAGCUAAAACAUGAGUUGUAGUGGUUGUGUAUCAACGCGUUGUGCCAGUUAUCAUGACCUUGGGUUCUGUGUAUGUAGAGUUUGUGCAUUCUUGUGACAGAGUGGGUUCCCCUGGGUUUUCUGGUUUCCUCCCACAACCUUAAGAGAUGCUGGUUGUUAUGUUAAUUGGCUCCUGUAAAUUACUUUAGGUGUAGGUGGGUGGUAGGGGAAAUCAGGGUGGAGGUGAUGGACAUGUGAGAAUUGAUGGGCCAAACAAUCUCCAUGAGAGAACAUGAUGAUGUAAACUGCUACUUCCAUUUCCUGAAAGAAGAGCCAACAUUGGAAAGUGACGAUUUGACUGCGUUUUAAAACAAGACAAUGAUUGCUGCAUUAAGUGUACAAGAACACAGUUAGACUUAAGAAUUAGUCAGAAAAUUAAAUGGUCACCCAUCUUGAUGGUCAUCUUGCAUCCUCCUAAUUUUAUCCCCCCCGACAUAUUUUGUACCACUUUACAAGAAAAUUAUUUUGAUAAAGGGAAGAUGCAGUGAAGAUUAAAAUUACUGUGAAUUAUUUUUAGAUUUACUUGAAUUUUAUUUUAUCAUCUUGGGGCCAAAUUUGAAAUUGUGAUUUUCUAUAUAUGGGUGAUCCAGUGUAAAACAGUGAUAAUUUAAAAAGUAAAAUAUUAAAUUGCAUUAUGUAAUUAUAAAAUUAUCAAUAAUUAUUGUUGAACAAUAUAUAUUGGUGUUGAGUGUGCUCAGUUUGGAAACCUAAUGCAUUUUGAUAGUAGGGAAUAAUAUUUAAAAUUUUAUGAUAAUUGACUAAAGUUUAUAAAUUAGUGAAUUCUUUCUUCUGCUGUGUGUAUUAUGUGUGAAGUUAUAUGAUUGAACCAAGAUUGGAUUCAGUCAGGUACAUUUUGUAAAAUGUAACUUAAUAAUAAAAACAUAUUUGAAAUCUUA